ACCCCCCGGGCCCGCCCCCAGCACAGUCGGGCCAAUCGGAGGGGGCGGCUGGCCCCGUGUGGGGCGACGCGCUGGGGGCAGGGCCUGCGGGGGCUGAGGAGAGUCCGCGGGCUGGCGGCGGGAGGCGGUCGAGAGGAGGUGGUGGCGACGACGACCGGUCCUGAGACAGCGACGCAGCGUGCCGGUGGCCACGACAGAGCCGGCUAGGCUCCGCAGUCCGCUGCAGCCGCCGCCUCGCCGUGAGGGCCCGAGAGCGCGGCGGCGGGCGCGCGGCCUGUGAAGGCGACUGGAGCGGCGGGCGCGGCGCGGCGCGACGCCGAGCGUCCUGUCAGGCGGCGGAGGACGCCGCGGACCCGCGCCGCGAUGAUGCCGAUGAUAUUAACCGUGUUCUUGAGCAACAAUGAACAGAUUUUAACAGAAGUUCCUAUAACACCAGAAACAACAUGUCGGGAUGUUGUAGAAUUUUGCAAGGAACCUGGCGAAGGCAGUUGCCAUUUAGCUGAAGUGUGGAGGGGAAAUGAACGUCCCAUACCCUUUGAUUAUAUGAUGUAUGAACAUCUUCAGAAGUGGGGUCCACGAAGGGAAGAAGUGAAAUUUUUUCUUCGACAUGAAGAUUCCCCAACCGAGAGCAGUGAACAAGGUGGCCGUCAGAUCCAAGAGCAAAGAACUCAGAGAAAUGUAAUAAAUGUACCUGGAGAAAAACGCACUGAAAAUGGGAUUGGGAAUCCACGUGUCGAACUUACCCUCUCAGAACUCCAAGAUAUGGCAGCUAGGCAACAACAGCAAAUUGAAAACCAGCAGCAAAUGUUGGUUGCCAAGGAACAGCGUUUACAUUUUCUAAAGCAACAGGAGCGCCGUCAGCAGCAGUCUAUUUCUGAAAAUGAAAAGCUUCAGAAAUUGAAAGAAAGAGUUGAAGCCCAGGAAAAUAAACUGAAGAAGAUCCGUGCCAUGAGAGGACAAGUAGACUACAGCAAAAUCAUGAAUGGCAAUCUGUCUGCUGAAAUAGAAAGGUUCAGUGCCAUGUUCCAGGAAAAGAAGCAAGAAGUACAGACUGCGAUUUUAAGAGUUGAUCAGCUCAGUCAGCAAUUGGAAGAUUUAAAGAAGGGAAAACUGAAUGGGUUCCAGUCUUACAAUGGCAAGCUGACAGGACCAGCAGCAGCAGAGCUGAAAAGACUGUACCAAGAGCUACAGAUUCGUAAUCAGCUCAACCAGGAACAGAAUUCAAAGCUCCAGCAACAGAAGGAGCUCUUGAAUAGGCGCAACAUGGAGGCGGCCGCGAUGGACAAGCGGGUCAGCGAGCUGCGCGAACGUCUUUACGGGAAAAAAAUUCAGCUGAGCCGUGUGAAUGGCACGUCGUCGCCACAGUCUCCCCUGAGCACGCCUGGCAGGGUCGCUGCGGUGGGGCCUUACAUCCAGGUUCCCAGCACCGGCAGCUAUCCUGCCCCCGGAGACCCCAUAAAGCCCCAGUCUCUCACUAUCGCCUCAAGUGCUGCCCACGGAAGAUCCAAAUCUGCCAAUGAUGGAAACUGGCCAACAUUAAAACAAAAUUCUAGCUCUUUGGUGAAAACGACGCAGAUCGCCAGUGUGGACUGGAAGGACUCGCACGUGGAGGCGGCCGUCUCGAGCCAGCCUGCGCCCUUGUCAGCCUUGGGAGCCCCAGAGAAGCUGGGCAUCGAGAUUGGUAAAGUGCCACCUCCCAUCCCUGGUGUCGGCAAGCAGCUGCCCCCAAGCUAUGGGACGUACCCAAGCCCUGCGCCCGUGGGCCCAGGGUCGACAAACUCCCUGGAGAGGAGGAAGGAGGGCAGCUUGCCCAGGCCCAGCGCGGGCCUGCCCAGUCGGCAGAGACCUGCACCGCUGCCCCCUGCGGGUGGCCCCCACCAGCCAGGGUCUUCACAGCAGAUUCAGCAGAGGAUUUCUGUGCCACCAAGUCCCACGUACCCACCGGCGGGGCUGCCUGCCUUUCCAGCUGGAGACGGCAAACCUGAACUCCCACUAACUGUGGCCAUUAGGCCCUUCCUGGCUGAUAAAGGGUCAAGGCCACAAUCCCCCAGGAAAGGACCACAGACAGUGAAUUCAAGUUCCAUAUACUCCAUGUACCUCCAGCAAGCCACGCCACCUAAGAAGUACCAGCCAGCGGCGCACAGCACCUUAAAUAAGUCGGUUAAAGCAGUGUAUGGUAAACCUGUUCUGCCGUCUGGCUCCACAUCCCCGUCGCCACUACCGUUUCUUCAUGGGUCGCUGGCCACAAGCACCUCGCAUCCCCUGCCCCCUUCAGAAAGUGCUGAGAAGGAGCCAGAGCAGGACAGCCCUGCCCCCGCCGGAGACGGGGCCGCCGUGGAGAGCCUGCCGCGGCCACUCAGCCCCACCAAGCUCACGCCCAUUGUGCACUCGCCAUUGCGCUACCAGAGCGACGCUGACCUGGAGGCCCUGCGCAGGAAGCUGGCCAACGCGCCCCGGCCCCUGAAGAAGCGCAGCUCCAUCACAGAGCCGGAGGGCCCCGGCGGGCCCAACAUCCAGAAGCUGCUGUAUCAGCGCUUCAACACCCUGGCCGGCGGCAUGGAGGGCACCCCCUUCUACCAGCCCAGCCCCUCGCAGGACUUCCUGGGCUCCUUAGCCGACGUGGACAAUGGGAACGCGGCAGCCAACGGGAACCUGGGCGAGGCCGGCCCCACCCUGCCCGCGGCCCCGCUCCCGGCCGAGCCUGCCCCCGCCUCGGACGCCAAUGACAACCGGCUCCCUUCCCCCGAACCGCAGGGGCUCAUCUGUCCCCCGAACACCCACCAAACAGCUGAGCCUGCCGAGGACGACAACAACAACGUGGCCACGGCCCCGUCCACUGAGCUGGUCCCCAGCCCUGGGGCCGAGGUCCCCUCCCCAGGGGAGGAGCACCUCCCCCCACCGCUCCCCCCCGCCGUGCCCCCGCUGACGGCCUCUACGAGCAAACGGACCAACCUGAAAAAGCCCAACUCGGAGAGGACGGGGCACGGGCUGAGGGUCCGCUUCAACCCGCUGGCGCUGCUCCUUGACGCCUCCCUGGAGGGGGAGUUCGACCUGGUGCAGAGGAUCAUCUACGAGGUGGAGGACCCCAGCAAGCCCAACGAUGAGGGCAUCACCCCGCUGCACAACGCCGUCUGCGCCGGGCACCACCAGAUUGUGAAGUUCCUGCUGGACUUCGGGGUCAACGUGAAUGCCGCUGACAGCGACGGCUGGACGCCGCUGCACUGCGCCGCUUCCUGCAAUAGCGUCCACCUCUGCAAGCAGCUGGUGGAGAGCGGCGCCGCCAUCUUCGCCUCCACCAUCAGCGACGUUGAGACUGCUGCAGACAAGUGCGAAGAGGCGGAGGAAGGCUACCCCCAGUGCUCCCAGUUCUUACACGGGGUGCAGGAGAAGUUGGGCGUGAUGAACAAAGGCCUGGUGUACGCUCUGUGGGCUUACGAGGCCCAGAACAGUGACGAGCUGUCCUUCCACGAAGGGGACGCCCUCACCAUCCUGAGGCGCAAGGAUGAAAGCGAGACGGACUGGUGGUGGGCUCGUUUUGGGGACCGGGAGGGCUAUGUGCCCAAAACCCUGCUGGGGUUGUACCCACGGAUCAAACCCCGACAGCGAACACUGGCCUGAACUUUCCUUUGGAGCACCGCACGGGCUCUCCAGCGACGAGGAGCCACUGAAGAGAUGAUUCUGCCAUUUCUCCGGGAAGCUGAAGCUAGAAAUGGCUUUACUGGUGCUCCCUUUAGCAGACAGCGUCCACAAUGUGAAAGCCCGGCAGGUUCUAGGUGAGGCCCUUUCUCCGGUCUGCCCGCAGCUGGGAGAGAGAGACCUUCGCCUCCAAGAAGACCGACUUUUGCCAGUUACUGUAAAUCCGAAUAAAUACCCAGCUUUCUCACCAACUGCCCCCGUUGCCAUUAAGAAGCCCUGUAAUUAACCCCUGGUCGGUUGCCAAGGAAGACGAAUGCUGUCACAGACUUGGGCCCCAAGGCCGUCGUCCCUCAUUCCCGGUGUCACCCCAGCCCCAACAAUGAAAACUUGCAGCUGCUGUGAGGUGCGUCCCCUCGCUAGAGCCCUGCCCUCCCGUUUACUAGAAAUCACAGAAACCCGGGGCACCUUUUUCAUCCUCACCACACGCGUUUCUUCAUCACCAAAGGAGCCCCUGUGUGGAGACUUCUGUCCAGCGGUGGUGCCUGAUGUGUGGGCUCCACUUCCUGUUCCGGGCCUCGGUCUAGGUCACCGACAGGCCAUGGACACGAGGGACCUUAAGAUCGAGUGACACGUGGUCAGGAGUCUCAGCACAGCACCGCCUUCUCUGCAGCCUCUUGCUGCCCCGGUGUGGUCCUCGCCCCUCCCAGCAUGGACGUGCUCUGCCGAGGGCCGUGCAACCCGCGGGCCAGGAGGCGGUGGACGCGGGGACGCCUGCAGAGUCCCGGGGCGGCUGUGGGGGCGGGCGGGCAGGGCCCCCGCCGGCUCCCCGGUCCCAGCCGUGAUACCAUAACCUGCCUGGUUCCAGACUUGAAGCAAGUAAGGCGCUUCCCUGAAGCGUCAACUGUACGUACAGGCUUUUAUAUACCAAAACUAUUUUUUGACUAAACCACUCGAAACUGUCAGAACCAUGUUGGAAAUGUUUUUUUUCUCUCAUUAAAAUCCAGGCCCUGAGCUUAUUUUCCAUGUAUGAGUCUUGUGUGUAAUUUACGUACACACGCGUGUAGAUCCUUGUUGCAGAAUCGCCUACCUUUAAGCACCGACUGACUGCACAGCGCGCUGAUGAGAAGCGAACAGCCUGCAGGGCAGUGUCUGCGGAUGC